AUGAUAGUAAUUGCAUCUUCUGGCCGAUUAACCCGCCGAGCAAUCUCAAGUGAGCUAUUGGAACGAUUCACUCUGUUCUCCCAGUUCGCAACCCUAUCGGCCUGCGACCAAAACAUCAACCACACGGGCCAAAGUCUGACUUGUGAUUACGGCACCUGCCCACUCGUAGCAGCCGACAAUACGACAGUAAUUAAUGCAUUCCACAGCGACAACGGCCCGACAGGCUACAUCGCCCUGGACCACACCCGGGAACUGGUCGUACUUGCAUUCCGCGGAACGGUAUCCAAAAGCGACGGCGACGCAGAUCUCGAUAUCGCCCUCACCCCGAUUGACGAUGUGUGCACCGGAUGCAGAGCCCAUCAUGGGUUCUGGGUUUACUGGAGCGCUGUAGCAAGCCAGGCGACAUCCCAGCUCCACGAUGCAACCAGCACAUAUCCGGGAUAUAGGCUGAGCAUUGUAGGACAUAGUCUAGGUGGGGUUAUUGCCGCGCUAGCAGGGACUGUUCUUCGAACACAGGGGUUCAGUCUGGAUGUUUGGACAUUUGGAGGCCCGAAACCAGGAAACUUGAAACUGGCCGAGUUCAUCACCAACCAACAAGCGCCAAACAGCAUCUACCGAGUCACGCAUACUACAGACCCUGUUCCGAAGGUACCGCUCAACCUGCCGUUCUUCGAUUGGAGUCAGCCUUCGCCUGAAUACUGGAUUACUCAGGAGACUGGAGUUCAGGUCACUACUAAUGGGGUGCAGUAUGUUGAAGGGAUCAAUAGUAAGGCGGGGAAUGCUGGUUCGGAUGGGGAUUUGAGGUGGCCGAAUCCUGAACAUGGAUGGUAUUUUGGGAAUAUGAGCGUGUGCGCAACUCCAAUAGAUGCAUAG